CGCUUUCGCUUCUUUGUUUCUCUUUCUCGCUCUCUCUACAAUCUCAUAUUCAGCUCACUCCUCUCUCUCUCUCUCUCUAACUCUAUGAUUGGAUCGAGUUCUUCGUUCUUCACCGAUUACGGCUAGGCAUUUCUAGAAUAGUUAUUACUUUGUGAUUAGUUUUGUAAUACUGAAUAGAUCUAUGCCUGCACACUUCUCAUUUAAGGUUUCGUGGUCGGGCAUUUGAAGGCCACAUUCUUACUUCGAUUUAAUAGUCAGCUGUGGUUUGUGUUUAGAUUUAGAUGAUUGCGUGAUUCAUAAUUUCUUCCAAUUUUUUUUGUCUCGAUACAACUGAAAACACUUUAUAUUUUUUUGGAUCUUCUUCAUUUUAGAUUCAAUUGUUUUUUAUUACUGGUCUAGAGUUCAAAAUUCCAUUGGAAGAGCUAGAAAAUCUGAGGGAUUUGUUGUUAUUCGUAGGGUUCUUUUGGUUUCAGAUAAUCUCUGGUCUGGAUUAUAUUUAUUCGUUUCCUCCAACUGCGCAGCUUCACCGGUCUUCUUCAUACGGGUUUCGUUCUUUUGUUGCGCACUUUAGGAGAUGAGUAUUACAAGUGGAAGUGAUGACAAGAUUAUGUCGAUGGGUUGCAUAGAUUCGCCAUCUGCAGCUAGCAGUGGAGGAAAUGUGACAGGAAGUGGUCCACUGAAGAAAGGGCCAUGGACAUCCGCGGAAGAUGCAAUUUUAGCAGCAUAUGUCAACAAGCAUGGAGAAGGGAAUUGGAAUGCUGUCCAGAAGCACUCAGGACUGUCCCGAUGUGGGAAAAGCUGUCGUCUACGUUGGGCAAAUCACCUUAGACCGGAUCUUAAGAAAGGUGCAUUCACUCCUGAGGAAGAGCACCAUAUCAUUGAACUCCAUGCCAAGAUGGGAAACAAAUGGGCUCGAAUGGCUGCGGAGCUGCCUGGGCGCACCGAUAAUGAGAUAAAGAACUACUGGAACACUAGAAUCAAGAGACGACAGCGCGCUGGCUUGUCAAUUUACCCUCCUGAUAUCUGUUUGCAAGCAUUAAAUGAGGACCAACAAAGUCAGAACGUGAGUACAUUCUCUUAUGAGGACAGACCCAGCCCUGAUCUCUUACUGAGCAACCACUUUGAGAUUCCGUCUGUGGAAUUCAAAAAUUUGGAACUCAAUCAGCAAUUGUAUCCACAAUCACUUCUUGAUGUUUCUGGGAAUAGCUUGCUUGUUCACAGUCCUGGUUCCUUCCAUAGCAAUAACUCUUCUUUCGCAAUGAUGCAUCCAGCCAAGCGUCUUCGAGAAUCAGAGUCCUUGCAUACUGGUUUGAGUGGUAGUCUGGGUGAUCUCUUUCCAGCAUUUAAUCAAUAUCAAGAUGAUGCUUGUGAGAAGCUUGCUCACUCCCUUGGGUUUUCCUGUGCAUAUGAUCAUAAUAUUCAUGCCAACCACCCAUCAACUUCAUGUUUACUUCCAGGCAGCCAUGCACUUUUAAAUGGCAAUUCCUCUUCUUCGGAGCCCUUCUCAUGGGCAAUGAAGCUGGAGCUCCCUUCACUCCAAUAUUCAGACACUCAAGUAGGCAGCUGUGGGUCACCUUCCCCGCUGCCUUCUCGCGAGUCUGUUGAUACUUUGAUCUGGUCCCCUCCCACUGAGCAGAUGCAACUCGAUUGUCUUUCAUCACGGAACAGUGGCCUGUUAGAAGCUGUACUUUAUGAGUCGCAAACACUGAAAAACUCAAAGAACAGUUCAUGCCAGCAGACUCCUAAUGCCUCUCUUACCCCUGACAAUGUAGUGGACACUUUGACUCAGAAUCUCCAUCGGACAGGAUGGGAAGUGUAUGGUGAUCCAAUCUCUCCUCUGGGUUAUUCUGCUGCAUCAGUUUUCAGUGUACACGAAUCUAUCAGUAGAAGCUCAACUGAUGAACACCAGUCAGCCGUGACUGUGCCAGGAUUCAAAAUUAAGCAAGAACCAGUUGACUGGGUUUCUGCAUGGGACAAUGGAAAGGAUGAAGUCAAGGGUGCAGCCGUGGAUCUUGUGCAGGGUGUAGCAUAUCUACUGUCUAGCCAACGUCCUGAAAAUCAUCAAGAUCUUCAUGAAUUUGAAUGCGAUGGUAAUGGAAGGUUGGAAAUUGAAGAAAGUGGAAGCGCGCAAGUGACACCAGAGCUGAAUGCACCUUUUGUCGGGACUGCUGCCUUAUCUUCUUUCUUUUUCAGUGAUAUUCUUUUGCAAUCGUUUGAUUGCAACUUGACUUGCUUUAGUCGUCUGCCUGGGCGCACCGAUAAUGAGAUAAAGAACUACUGGAACACUAGAAUCAAGAGACGACAGCGCGCUGGCUUGUCAAUUUACCCUCCUGAUAUCUGUUUGCAAGCAUUAAAUGAGGACCAACAAAGUCAGAACGUGAGUACAUUCUCUUAUGAGGACAGACCCAGCCCUGAUCUCUUACUGAGCAACCACUUUGAGAUUCCGUCUGUGGAAUUCAAAAAUUUGGAACUCAAUCAGCAAUUGUAUCCACAAUCACUUCUUGAUGUUUCUGGGAAUAGCUUGCUUGUUCACAGUCCUGGUUCCUUCCAUAGCAAUAACUCUUCUUUCGCAAUGAUGCAUCCAGCCAAGCGUCUUCGAGAAUCAGAGUCCUUGCAUACUGGUUUGAGUGGUAGUCUGGGUGAUCUCUUUCCAGCAUUUAAUCAAUAUCAAGAUGAUGCUUGUGAGAAGCUUGCUCACUCCCUUGGGUUUUCCUGUGCAUAUGAUCAUAAUAUUCAUGCCAACCACCCAUCAACUUCAUGUUUACUUCCAGGCAGCCAUGCACUUUUAAAUGGCAAUUCCUCUUCUUCGGAGCCCUUCUCAUGGGCAAUGAAGCUGGAGCUCCCUUCACUCCAAUAUUCAGACACUCAAGUAGGCAGCUGUGGGUCACCUUCCCCGCUGCCUUCUCGCGAGUCUGUUGAUACUUUGAUCUGGUCCCCUCCCACUGAGCAGAUGCAACUCGAUUGUCUUUCAUCACGGAACAGUGGCCUGUUAGAAGCUGUACUUUAUGAGUCGCAAACACUGAAAAACUCAAAGAACAGUUCAUGCCAGCAGACUCCUAAUGCCUCUCUUACCCCUGACAAUGUAGUGGACACUUUGACUCAGAAUCUCCAUCGGACAGGAUGGGAAGUGUAUGGUGAUCCAAUCUCUCCUCUGGGUUAUUCUGCUGCAUCAGUUUUCAGUGUACACGAAUCUAUCAGUAGAAGCUCAACUAAUGAACACCAGUCAGCCGUGACUGUGCCAGGAUUCAAAAUUAAGCAAGAACCAGUUGACUGGGUUUCUGCAUGGGACAAUGGAAAGGAUGAAGUGCAACCUCAGAUGAUUUUUUCCAGGCCAGAUUGUCUACUCGGGUCGAACUGUUAUAACCUAAACUUAUAAACUCGAGUACAUUAUUACUCUCUCUAAUGAGAAGACUAUCUUCAUAAAUAUGAACUUGAAAGAACCAAAG